AUGGCCACGCAACGUCACUACUACCAGCCUUCCGCUUACCCCAUGAACAUGCCAUCAAAGGCACCGGUGUCAGCCAGCAUGUACCCCAUCUCGCGGGUGCCAGGCUCGCCACCAGAUUAUUCUGAUGCAAGCACCACUACUGGUAGCCGCACCUCUGGCGGCUUCACUUUCAGCUCCGCUGGCGGGAGCGGAGACUAUGAGUCGAGCUCAGCCUCGUACUCUGGUGUCGACGUUGUUGAUGUAUUGAGCGACCGCAUGCAAUAUGCGUUCGAUCCGACUCCAUUGGACAAGGGCCUGGCAAAGCAGGCGCAAACCUCCGGCCAUCUGAACGCAAAACAACGCGAGCUGCUAGAACUGCAAGCGCUCGCUCAGCGCCGCCUAAAGGGCGUCCGGGCAAACUUCGCCGAAGGUGUAAAGACUGCACGAGAGACAAAGCGAGAUCUAGAAUGGACUCAGAAGCGUGUCAGCGCCGCAUGCGUCUUCUGGAAAAAGGCUGACGGAGCUUGUACCAAUAGCGCGCUGAAGAGCAAGGCCGAGAAGGCCCACCCGGACGAGUACCGCCGAGCCGCGAAGAAGUACACCUACGACGAGUACUGA